GACCCCGCCCGGGCAGGAGGCGGAGGCGCGGUGAGAAGCGGGGGAGACCCGGCCCCCAAGGGGCGGGCGCGGCCGGGUGACAGCGGGGAGGAGCCGGGUGGGGGGCGCCCCCCUGCACCCUUUGCACCCCCUCGCACCCUCGCGGGCCGGCGAUCGGCCGGGCUCCGGGGGGGUCGCUGACUUCGUGGGGGGGGGGCUCCGGGCGCUGCAGGCGGCGGACAUGGGGCUGCAGGAGGCCGGCGCGGGCGACCGGCUGAGCGGGGCGGCGGCCCGGGGCGACGUGCACGAGCUUCGCCGCCUGCUGCACCACGAGCUGCUGCACCCCGAUGCGCUCAACCGCUUCGGACAGACGGCCCUGCAGGUCAUGAUGUUCGGCAGCCCAGCCAUCGCCCUGGAGCUGCUGAAGCAGGGAGCCAGCCCCAACGUGCAGGACGCCUGGGGCACCACCCCGGCCCACGACGCGGCCCGCACUGGCUUCCUGGACACCCUGAAGGUGCUGGUGGACCACGGGGCGGAUGUGAACACCCCUGACGGCCGCGGGGCGCUGCCCAUCCACCUGGCCGUGCGCGAGGGGCACCGGGCCGUCGUCAGCUUCCUGGUCGCCGAGUCAGAUCUGCAGCACCGGGACGCCGGGGGCCUCACCCCGCUGGAGCUGGCGCGGGGCCGGGGGGCCCAGGACCUGGUGGACAUCCUGGAGGGCCGCAGGGUGGUGGUGGCACCCCUGUGACCUCCCUAAACUUGGGAGGCGAAGAAUCACUUUCUCCUGUUCUGAGCCCUACCACAGGGAGGGGCCCCCAGUUUUGCUGCCUGUAGCUGUUGAUUUCUGUGUGUGUGUGUGUGUGUGUGUGUGUGUGUGUGUGUUUGAGAGUGUGUGGGGGUGACAUUUCUCCUGUUUUUUUUUUUUCUCCUCUCUCACCCCCUUCCUUUUAUCUACUUAAACGGUUGGCUUUCUUCAGAGCCCCAGCCUAUUGAGGCUCCAGCCCCCCCCCCCCCCCAGGGCAGAGACUUUAAAAGCCUCAGCCUCCCGCAUCCCCACACUGAACCCCCUUCCCUCCCCAGGUGAGGUUUUUUGCCUGGCGACCUUGACGCCUGACCUCAAAGUCUGGGGGAUGAUGGUGGGGGUUGGUUUGGUUUUGUUUUUUUUUUUUUGGGGGGGGGAUUGUUGUCAGAGUGCUCAUCAAUGAUUUUCUUUGGGAGCUGGUGGGUCGGGUCUCUUUGUACAGCAUUUCAAACAAACAAACCCGGCCCCCCACCCCAAUAAUUCUAUUUAUUAAGCUUUAUGGGAAAAAAACCCGAAAAAUCAACUUUAUUGUUUUUGUGUGUGAGAUGCUAAUUUAAUGUUUGUCCCCAUUAAAUUAAGACUUGUGCACCAUCA